UACAGCUAUCCUCUGCAAGAACCCUAACAAAAUCCAAAUCCCUAAAAUUCACAAAAAGGAAAAGAUAAAAGAGCGUUUUUUUCAUGGAAGGGCUCGCAAGUCCUUCCGAUGAAAAUAAUGGCGAAGGACUCAAUUCUUCUCUUAUUCUCACUUCAGGACUCGCUUCCCACCUAUUUAUACUUUCAUGGAUUUUCCUCCGAUUCACCGUCAGCAAACCCUAAUCCCAUUUCCCCUUUCCCUUCUUUGUUUCCCGUUGUUGCUGAAUUUUGGCCGCCAUGACGAUUCUCAUCGAUCGCCACUCUGAUCACAAUGGAGGAGAGGACGUUGAGAUGAAUCGGGAGAAUGAAGAGGUGCAGGAGACACAGUUGGUGUUAGAUGGAGGUUUUGUGGUUCCUCACACCAACUCCUUUGGUCACACCUUCAGGGAUUACGAUGCUGAGAGUGAGAGAAGAGGAGGUGUGGAAGAAUUCUACAGAGCCAAUCACAUUGGCCAAACUGUGGAUUUCGUGAGGAGAAUGAGAGACGAAUAUGGGAAGCUCAACCGAAUUGAGAUGAGCAUAUGGGAAUGUUGUGAACUUCUGAAUGAGUUUGUCGAUGAGAGUGACCCUGAUUUGGAUGAGCCUCAGAUCGAGCACUUGCUACAAACGGCUGAGGCCAUCAGGAAAGACUAUCCUGAUGAAGAUUGGCUCCACUUGACGGGUCUUAUCCAUGAUCUUGGAAAGGUCCUCCUUCACCCUGCAUUUGGCGAGCUCCCUCAAUGGGCUGUUGUUGGAGAUACAUAUCCCGUGGGAUGUGCCUUCGAUGAAUCAAUUGUUCACCACAAGCACUUUAAGGAGAACCCGGAUUACUACAAUCCUGCUUACAACACGAAAUAUGGGAUAUACUCUGAAAGUUGUGGGCUUGACAAUGUUUUGAUGUCCUGGGGACACGAUGAUUAUAUGUACCUGGUAGCGAAAGAGAACGAAACCACAUUGCCAUCAGCCGGGCUUUUCAUAAUCAGAUACCACUCUUUCUACGCUUUGCACAGAUCAGGAGCGUAUAAGCACUUGAUGAAUGACGAAGACAGAGAGAACUUGAAAUGGCUGGAAGUGUUCAACAAGUACGAUCUGUACAGCAAGAGCAAAGUCCGCAUCAAUGUUGAGGAAGUGAAGCCGUAUUACCUCUCUCUCAUCAACAAGUAUUUCCCAGCCAAGUUGAAAUGGUAAAAGGCUGCCUACGAGCAGAUGUCACCUUGUCUGUAUCUCUCCCUUUCUCCCAUAACCCUCUUGUAAUGGCGAAUUUCACUUGCUUUAUGUUUGGUUUUCAAUGCCUCUGUUUGUUUUCUGGAAUUAAGUAGUGUCGUUUUCUUUGUCAAACUUCAAAUUGUUGGCAGUGCGAAAAGGGUUUUUGUAUCAUCAUCAA